AUGCCGGUUAUCGGCAUUUCUGCCCUCACGAGCUGUCACGCUGACAGAGGAGAGCCGGUAAUCGGCAUUCCUCAGAAGGGACGUGUACACUGAUCAUCAGGGCACUGAUGAUCAGUGUGCCCUGAUGAUUAGUGUAAACCCAGCAGUGCCACCUCUUAGUGCCCAUCACUGCCAGCUGUCAGUGCUCAUCCAUGCCACCUGCCAGUGCCCAUCAGUGCCACAUCAGUGCCUACCAGUGCACAUCAAUGCCACAUAUCAGUGCCCAUUUGAGCUGCCUUUCAGUGCCACCUAUCAAUGCCAGUCAGUGCCACCUAUCAGUGCUGCCUAUCAGUGCCAUCAGUGCCACUUAUCAGUGCGCAUCAGUGCCGCCUAUCAGUGCCCGUCAGUGCUGCCUAUUAGUGCCACCUAAGAG